AUGGUGAUGGAGUACUUUGAGAUACAUAAGCACCCACCUAAGAUUCAGCGGAGAGCUAUCCCUACUCGUUGGCUACCUCCACCUGAAGGCUUGUAUAAAGCCAAUUUUGAUGCAACCUUUUUUGGCAACUUGGGCAUGGUAGGUAUUGGAGUCGUUGUUCGUGACAGUGAGGGGGAAAUAAUUGUUGCCCUUAGUCAGAAGAUUCGUGAACCUCAUUCGGUGGAUGCGGCUGAAGCUAUAGCGUGUAGUAGAGCAAUUGCUUUUGCAAGGGAGUUAAGUCUUUUCUCUGUGAUUGUUGAAGGAGAUAGCUUGCGGGUUGUUCAGGCAGUCACCAACAAAAGGGAGAAUUUGACACUUUUUGAUCAUGUAAUUAAAGAGAUUCAUGGUUCAUAUUCUAGAUUUACUAGGAUUAGUUUUCAUCAUGUUAGGAGGAAGGGCAACAAAUUAGCUCAUGCCCUCGCACGUAGAGCAGUUCUAUUUGCUGACACUGAUGUAUGGGUGGAAGAACUACCCACUGAUUUGGAGGAUGUAUUCCAAAUGGAUCUGUUUUGA